AUGGCAAUUACACUACAAGAACGUCAAUCAUCCAAGUCGUCGAAUGCUCACACUAAAGGUUACUCGAGGACGCAACGAAACGCGACAAAUGAUGAUAGGGGAGUGCAGUAUCGACAGCUUGUCUCUCGCGCUGUAACACAGCGUUUGCAUUCGCCAUCUCUUGACGACCUUACGAAGACAGAUGUGGCUAACAAACUUGCGCAUCCGUUGAAGACAUGGGAGACACAAGAGCGCUCCAUUGCACGAGACAAGGCUCGAAUCGAGGCCAAAAUGCUGGAUAUACCAUGGAGAAAGUUUAUCCGCGAUGUAGAGAGCGCUACCCUUGAAGUCCAUGUCCUCACGCCAACACGAUACGAAGCACCCUGCGGGGACAGGAUCAAGAACCAAGAAGCGAGCACGAGAAACGAAGGAGUUUUAUACAAAUUCGGCGCUUUGAAGGAUAUGGAUGAGGACAAAGAGUGGAAGAAAAAAGACGCGGCUAUUUACAACGUGCUCAAAGCUUUUCAGGGAGGACGGUGUCGCGACUGA